GUUUUCUUUGUGAAAAACAAGCAAGCCUUUGUAGAAGACAAGAGUCUCCCGUCUGCCCAGCGUGCACCGCAGCGGUUGAGAGGUGGGUGUUGGAUCGCAGCCUUCUUCCCGUGUACAUCGCACUGACAUGCGCGUCGUUUCUCCGACCUUUCUUGUCCAGUCUGCGGCACUCUGAGUGCGCAAGUGUGGCGCAUCCUGAAUCCAGAAAGUCGUUCUCUUCGGUGUAGUUUUCUCCGACGACCCCUGCUCGGCGACGCACUCGCAGCUCUCCUCCAGAAGUGUCUUCCGGACCUCGAAACAGCGCAGCUCUGUGCACGGUUCAGAGACCCUCCGUUUCUGUUUGUCGUCUGGCCGCUUCCGCCGCGAGAUCCAGAGACUUGUGCCGUUUUCCUCUCACGCUUUUUACGCCGGACUUCCGCGUUUCUGACCGGUGUCCGGGCCUCGAACUGGGAGCGGCUGCGGCGGGCGUCUUUUUCGCGUCCAAAAGGCGGUCAUCGGCUGCGCACGUGUGGCAGCGUUUCCGGAAACGCAGGCGAAGGACGUCCGAAAAACAAGACACUCUCGUGGGCGGCUGCAUCGUCGAAAGAAAACGCCCGAACAACGCCAGUCCCUGCGGACGCAGCGGCGGGGAAAAAAGGUCACCUCGGCCUCUGGCGCCGAUACGCGGUUCUCCUCUUGUUUCGCCCGUCGUUCUUCCUGCUCGCGAGCCGCACACGCUGCGAGAGGAACGCAUCUUCGACAACUCGUCUUCUCCAGAACGAAUUUCCCUGCAAAGUCCACAGUCUUCUGCCCGGCUAAAAUGCAGGCGAACGCGUACGGCUAUAGCGCCCCCCCCGGGGGUAUGUACACUGGAGCUUCGUCUGGAAUGCUCGGCUAUCGAGGAAACUACGCAGAACAAGUGAACUCAGGUUUCCAGCAGACGCCGCCCAGCGCGUACCCAGACCAGGCGCAUGGCCAUGCGGGGUCGGGUAUCACUGCAGCGUACGGCAGAACUUCCGGAUCUCCACCUGGAUUCUCCGGAGGAGUUGAGUCGACGACGACGGCGCCUGCGGUGUGUUCGUUUCCUGGGUCGUCUAGUUCGACGUUUUCCAUCAAAGACUUUUCUCGCGUUGUGCGCGACCGCGAAAAGCUCGCUCUCUGGCUGUCCACUCACCGCGGAUCUCUGCAGGCGUGGACAGGCUUCUUCGUGGUUGUUCUGGUCGUCUAUCACCUUUUCAGCGACGGUGACUUUAGCUUUUUGAUGACGCUUAGCUCUCUGAUUUCCAUGUUUUCGUUCCUCAUGGUGGUACUUAAGAUCGAAGCGACCAAAAGCGUUGCAGGUGUCUCCUUGAAGAUGAUCGAGUGCUACGUCGUCCUCAUCUUUGCCCGACUCUGCUCGAUCAUCCCCUUCGAAGGAUAUCUGCCCUACGACCGAAGCGGCGACUGGCUCUACCAGUGUGUGGAGGCGCUCUCCUUUCUCCUCGCGGGCACCGUCGUGUAUCUCUGCCGACGUCGCUUCGCCAGCACUUACGACGUUGGUGGAGACACGCUCAAUCACCUUUUCUUGAUCGUCCCCGCUGCUCUCCUCGCCCUGCUUUUCCACCCGUCUCUCAACGCCUUCAUGCCCGCGGACUUUGCCUGGACUUUUGCGCUGUAUCUGGAGGCCGUCGCCGUUCUCCCGCAGUUGUUCAUGUUUCAAAAGCAGGGGAAAGUCGAGCCUUUCACCACCCACUUCCUCGCUGCGCAGGCCCUCUCGCAGGUUUUCUCGUUCAUCUUCUGGGUGUCGUCGUACUCCGAACUCAACAGCGCGCAGAACACGCUCAAAUCGUAUGUCGGUCACUGGGUCAUCGGAAUGCAAGUCAUGCAGCUCAUCGUCAUGGGCGAUUUCAUCUACCACUACAUUCGCUGCUUGACGAGUGGAGUGCCCGUGCAGUUCAUGCUGAGCGAGAAUGUGUAGAUCUCCUUGUUUUAAGGAGAGAGGUUCCGCGUCGGAGGCGGCCGAGGAGUGGAGACGCAUCCGUUCCCUGGACACCCGAGAGAGGACAGAGACGAGACUAAAGGACGGAGAGACAGGAGACGGAUCUUUCGCAGGCUUUUUUUCUCUGUCCUUCCCAGUUUCCCCUCUCGUCGUGUGAGCACCACUUUAACAAAGUCUGUGUCUUCUGGCUCACGCUCAAGAACCGCGCAGUCAGAAGACGGCCUGCGUCUCCGAGACACUGCGAACAGAGAGGACCGAAGAAGGCAGGGGAAAGGACAUGCUGAAAAAAAGUUCUCUUCCAACUCCAGAGGAACCGCCGCUCGGCCUUUGUUUCCGCUGUUCCCUUCUUGCUUUUGCUGCUUCUCCCGAUUCUCAACCGCAGGCAUCCUAAACGUAUACACGUGUAUAUGUGUAUAGAUGUAUACAUAUAUACAUAUGUGUGUAUAUGUAUGUAUGCAUGUGCAUGUGUAUGUGUGCGUAUGUGUAUGUGUGUGUAAGGUUUUUUGGGCGUUAUUUAGGUUUCCUGGAGUGCAUGCAAAAGGUGCAUCGCUGUCGAGCGAGCACAGCGUUUUCAAUGUGCUCGUUGCGCCUGAGUGUUAAGGCAAAAAAGGGUGAAUGAUGGCUGUGGAGAGGCUCUGCUUCUACCACCUUCCCAGACGAACAGAGGGUCUCUUUCUCCGUUCUCCAGCUGUCUCUGUUCCGAGGGGGUGCGUGCUUUGUCCAAAAAGAAGCGCCUAAACCAGCUGUUUAGAGUCGAUGCGCGAGAACCGAGAGCCUGCGGAGGCGGAAGGUUCUUGUCUUUUCAAAGAAAGAAAAGUGGAUUCCUCGCCCGCGCUUCUCUCCUACUCCCUCUCUCUCGCACCUCGUUCUGCGAUAGACAGAAAUACCUUGUUCUAUUCCACGCUUCUCCCUUCUCUACUUCUCCCCUCCGAUUCCUUCCUUAUAUAUAUAUAUAUAUAUAUAUAUAUAUAUAUAUUCCGUAGAUAUAUUCUCUACAUUUUGUAAGCAGAGAUGAGUCAAAGGUUUCGGUUCACUGAUCUCUGUGCCUUCACAAAUCAACAUGCAAACGUCUUUAUAUGCACGUAAUAUAUAAACAGAUAUGUAAAUAUAUAUAUAUAUAUGUAUACAUCGUAUGUGUAUGUGUAUGCGUUUAUGGCUGCAUGUACACAUCUGUGUGUGCUUGUAUGUAGGCGCAUUUGUGUGGAGAAUUUGUGUAUGCAUUCAUGUCACCUGCGGUACGGUUCCUUGUUAUCUGCGUUCUGUUCCUGCUUUUCCUCGGUCAGUUGAUCAGCUGCGUCGCUUUCUUUAGAGGAUUUUUGUGAGGUUUCGUUUCCGGUCGUCUUUCAAAAGUUUCCUCUUUCCGUCCUGCACACGUACACUUGGGCGCGGGCGGAGAGAAGCGCGACAGUUUCCUUUUCCCGUCUUCGCCUGUUCGUUCGUUCUCUCUUUUAAACGCCUUUCUUCACUGUCCAGAAAAGCUUCCUUCACCACAAGCCAAAGCUGUCUUCUCCGUUGUGCAGAACAGUGCCUUCGGCAAGGAAAUCCUUUUCCUUUCAGCGCAGACUUCCAGACUUUCUAGGGGGAGGUGCUGGCCUUCUCUCCCGUCAACAUUUCUCUCUCUCUUCUCUGCCUUUGUCUCUCUCGCUUCUCUGCCUCUGUUUCUUUCCACAUCUUUCCUCGUCUUUUCUUUCUGGCGCUCGAC